CUUUUAUAUCAAAAUUUCUACUAUUUCCUUUCCUUCCUUUUUUUUUAUUUAUUUAUUCAAUAUGCUUUCUUCUUGUCAACGAAAAAAGUCAAUCAAACCUCAUGUACGAACUGCUUGUGUGAAUUGUAAGAAGGCUCAUUUGGCUUGUGAUGCGGAAAGACCUUGUAAACGUUGUAUCUCAGUUGGAAAGACCGACUCUUGUUAUGAUAUCCAGCACAAGAAACGGGGUCGUCCGAAGUUACGGGAAAAGUAUGCAUCCAACUUGGAAUCCGAUCAUCAUAUGUCCACUUCACUAUCAACAAAAAGACAAGUUCCACGACAUCAACAUCAUACAACCCAAUUUCAACCCAUGUUACCAUUAUCAUUACCUUCACAACAACAACAACAAAUUUCUCCUCUAUUGGCUCGUCAUUCAUCAUCAUCACCUAUUGAUUCCCUUACUCCAUUCCUCACCAUGUCUUCACCUCCUUCUUCAUUUAUGAUGACAAAAUCAUCCACUACAUCAUCAUCACCAUUUAAUUUAUCAGCAAUGACUAAUGUUCCAAUGAUGACGAUUUUUCUUACACCAGAAAUGUGUUGUGCACGAGCAUCAGAUGAAACCAUGGAUUUUCUUGGUUAUCAUCCUCAGGAAUUGGCUCAUCGAUCAUUGUAUGACUUUAUAUCCAACACUUCUGAAUUACAUCACGUGCAUCAGCUUUUAUCUCAGUCUUACCAACAAUCGCUUCAUUCUCAACCAUCAACAGUGUCAACUAAUAGCAACGACGAUUAUUAUCAUCAAUUGCCACCAACGACAUUAUUAAAUAUUGCAAAUGGAUCGAAAACAUUCAAGAUGGUAUUGUACUUUUAUACAGCGGAUCAGAAAGGACAAAUAGCUUUAGAUGCUCGGUUUUAUUUUGGUGGUGGAUUAGGUGCUGAUUUAUGUCGAUCAUCCACGUUGCAUCAUCUCUACAUUGUCUGUCUCCUAACAAAAUCGACGACGAACAUACUGCCAACAUCAUCAAAACCGGUAUUAUCGUCUUCUGUCAAUGCCAUCCCUUCUCCCAUAUCACCUCCUUUACUCGAUUUAUUGACCGAUCAAACUAUCCAUCCUGAUUUCUCCUCCCUUUCUUAUCUCUCUUCCUCUCUAUCGUCUAUCUCCUCUUCCUCUUCUUCCAGUUCUUCGGCUUCUUCUUCUACCCAACAGCAUAUAUCAGCCUCAUCACCUUUACAAUCCUUAUUGUUGACGCCGCCGUAUUCUAAUCUUCAAACUCCUGUAGAUCAAGAGGAAACUUCUUUGUAUUCUUGGUUAGAUUUCGCAUUUUCAUCCAAUGCUCCUUCAAUAAAAUAGAUCUUACAAUGUUGAUUGUUGAUCAUAACGUUGCCUUAUUAUUAUGGUUAUUAUUAUUUUUCCCCCAUGUGUAUUAGUAUUUCUUUUCUUGUAUUUGUAGUAUAGUUGAUAUGUAGUUUCUUCCUAUUUUGAUAAUAAAAAAAACCAAC